UCCACCUAUUCACGAGUAAGAUCCUACUGCCUUUCGAAAAUCUCUGCCCCUAUAUAUAUACACAUAUCUCAGCAGCCUUCUCUUUCUUCUCAUUCUUUUUUCUUCACUUACCAAGAGCUUCUAAAAAAACUUGAAAAACCAUCCAUCCCAUCAAUUUUCUUCUUCAAUUUUUUAGAGCUUCUCAAAAAACUCAUCCCACCCAUUAAUUGUGAUGCAGCCUACUUCCAAAAUAUGUUGCGCUUUUAUCAAUCAUAUUUUGAUCGUACAAUCACAUAGUAUAUAUUCGUAGAAAAUCCUCCUGAGGGCAUGGCAUAUGCAAAGACGAAUUGUUUCGAGUCGUGUUAGAGACCUGACUGCCUGAGUAUUCUUGAAUUUUUGCGGGAGAGCGGUACCUGUUUUUUGUUGUCGCUGCUAAUAUAAGUCAGAAUAAUGGAGAAGUACAAGAUACUUAAGGAAGUUGGGAGAGGAUCUUUUGGAAGUGUGUUCAAAGCUAUGAAUACACAGAGUGGUGAAGUUGUGGCUAUUAAGAGAUUGAACAAGGAGUUUCACUCGUGGGCAGAGUGUCUGAAUUUGAGAGAAGUCAAGUCUCUCAAGAAGAUGCACCAUCCAAAUAUUGUGAAACUCAAGGAAAUUAUCGGAGAAAAUAACUUCUUGUUCUUUGUUUUUGAAUACAUGGAGUGCAAUCUUCACCAGCUUAUGAGAACCAGGACAAAGCCCUUCUCAGAAACUGAAGUCAGAAACUGGUGCUUUCAAGUGUUUAAAGGUCUUGCUCACAUGCACGAACGCGGGUUUUUUCAUAGGGAUCUCAAGCCUGAAAAUUUGCUAGUCAGUGGUGAUAUUAUAAAGAUUGCUGAUCUGGGACUUGCUCGCGAGAUUAAUUGUUCGCCUCCUUAUUCUGAGUAUGUUGGAACAAGAUGGUACAGAGCUCCUGAAAUUCUGCUUGCAGCGCCAAUUUAUGGUCCAGCGGUUGAUAUGUGGGCAAUGGGUGCAAUUAUGGCUGAAUUGCUGACUAACUGCCCUCUUUUUGCUGGGGUGAAUCAGCAACAUCAGAUGUACAGAAUAUGCAGUGUUUUAGGAACUCCAACUGAAGUUGAUUGGGCUUAUGGGAUUGAACUAGCAGAUGAUAUAAGCUAUCAGUUUCCUCAGCAUUCAGGCGUUUCUCUGUCUCAGCUGAUGCCAUCUGCAAGCAAGGAUGUGGUUAGCCUCAUUCAAUCGCUUUGCUCCUGGGAUCCGUGUAAAAGGCCUACUGCUUUGGAGGCUCUUCAGCAUCCCUUUCUCCGGAGCUGCUAUUAUGUUCCACCUGCUCUUCGCUUCAAAUCCUCUGGUGUGGGUACGAAUUCAUCUGCUCGAAGUAAAGGUUCUGUGAAGCACAAGUAUUUGAGCAGAUCUCCUGGGGCUUUUUCAAAUUCUGGCUCCAUCAAGUGUGCACCUUAAGGCUGUAAAGAGUAGAGAUUAUUCAGUUUUACAACAUUAUUGAUGAUUUCAGAUUAUGGUAGUUAACACUGAAAGUUUAUGCUAUGCUAUAUCUUCUAGUUAAUUAUGGCGGCAGUAG